AUGUCACAAAACAUCAACGCCCCUAUUCCAUUGAGGAAUAAGGCUCUGUUGAAUAUAGCGACGGAUCAAUCAAAACCAAUUAGACCAGCAUCAAGUUUAGAUUCAUCAAGUCAAGCUAAGAAGGCUAGAUUGGAAACUAAGAGAUUAACCCCAGAUCCUUUUGGUGUGAAGCAAAAACAAGAUGGGAACAUACCAGAUUCAGAAGAUGAACUGUUAAAGAAGCGUUUAAAGCAUUAUGGUUUAGAUUAUCCUGAUAAUUAUGAAGAUUAUUUAAAGGAAUCUUUGAAUAAAGACUCCAAGUUUUAUGCGAGGGAUGAGGCUAGAAAAUUGGAUUUGAAAAAGUUAUUACCUUAUAAUACAGAAUCUCACAAAGAUCAAGCAAAAUAUUUGACUCAAAUUUUGGUUCAUUUAUACAUUGCAAUCAAAUCAUCAGAUCUUGAAGGAUUGGUUAGUAUUUCCACAAAGGACUUGGCUGCUGUUAAAAAUGAUAUUGAACUUGCAUUAGAUACAGAUUUUUAUAACACAGAUUUAUCAUUUGAUUAUGAAAAUGACGAGGAGAAUGAUGACGCUGAUCAGGAUGAUGAAAAUAGUAAGUCAUCUGGUGUCAUUGGGAAAAUAUUACCUAGAUCAGCCACUAUCAUCAGUGUUAAUCAUUGGACCAAUGAAUUGAAAACUUGCUUGAAGGCAAAAUUUGAUAUUCCAUUGAAAUUAAGAGCAUCUUUAGCAAAAGUAUAUUAUUAUUUAUCAUUGGCUAAAGGUCAAUCAAUCAACUCACAAUUGUUUAUUGAUGUCUUUGUCAAAUUGACUUACAAGUAUAGGGAUCAAUUAGUUGAGAAUAAUCUGUUGGUAUUGAAUCAUAAACCAUUAUUAGAAUUAAUCGUGGAUUUCUUCCCAGAUGUUGAUCCUACUUAUGACAUUUAUAAUCCAACGACUAAUGAAUCUGAUAAAAAGGUUUUCAAUAAUACAAUGAGGUUAGCAUUAAACUCCAACUAUUUCUUUGAGCCAAAAUCAAUGCGUGAGAUUUAUGAAUUUACAUUAUCAAGGUUUUCAAUCCCUACUGCAUUUUUGAGUUUAACAGUUUUAUGUAACACUCUACCUGUUUUUAUCACUAAAGAUGAUUCAAUCUUGAAUUAUGUGUCAUCAUUGUUCUACUUUUGGUCAAACAACACAUCCAUCAAAGCUUUAGAUGUUAAUAUCAUUGAUUUGUUAGGUCGUAUCUCACGUACAGUAUAUUCACACGUUUCUUCGGGUACAAUUGAUAUUACACUUGGUGAUUACGGUAUCUAUACUGAAGGUCAAAUUGAUUUCAUGCUUAACAAAAUUCAAAACAAUUUAAGAAAUGAUUUUAAGGUAUCUACAUUUUAUGGACUGGCAAGAAUCUUGGUUUAUUCAAUCAAUAAUCAAUCUUUCCAAAAUUUUUAUAAAAAAUUAGAUAUUUUGUUGAAAUCAAUUGAAACAUUUGCACAUCCUUCAAAUACUGGAUCUUGGUCAGUGCUGAUUGCCAGAUUUUGUCAUAGAUUUAUCAAGCAAUAUCAUAAAAGACACAUGUUGGAAAAAACCUCUGAAAACCAGCUACCAGAAGGGUUGAAGCUUACAACUGAGACUAACGCCAAAAUAAUUGAUCUUUUCAGAGAGGUUGUUCUAUUAGGGUCACAAGCUAAAAGAGACUCGAUUUGUAAUUAUUACAUUGCAUCUUUAGGAUAUUUAACAGAUUUGGAAGCCAAAAACAAAUUUAUUUUGGUCAAUCAAGUGUUGGUUGAUUUAUAUGAUGCCUUAACUGAUCAAUUUAUUAAUUCAAGUCAUAGAAUUAUCGUUUCAUUAAAACAAUUCACUGAAGUUUCUAGAUUUAUGAUACAUGACAAAGUUUAUAGAGUUCAUAUGACAAAUUUGCUUUCUCUAUUGUUAACUAAGAUUGGUAAUAAUGACUUGGACCUAACAAAUAAUGUGUUUAAUACCUUGGUCACAGUUGGUUCUCUGAUUCCAUUCAAAGAUUUAUCUACAGAAGAUGAUUAUGUUUCGUUUGAAUCAACAACUAUUGGUUUUAUUCAAGACCACCUAUUUUUCUUGAAAGAAAACCCAUUAGAUGAGUUUGUUGUUGACGAAACCACCAUUCAUAAUGCAUAUAUUGCAUCAAGUAAGGCAUUCCCAGAUAUUACUAAAGGAUUUGUUGAUAAAUUAUUCUUUUUGUUGGAAGCAGAUUUGAACGAAAGAUUGGUUUUCAAGGUUACACAAUCAUUGUUGAUUUUAUCUCAAUCCUUUUCCCCAGAAAUCUUUAAUUUAUUUGCAAAUAUUUUACAAGAAAAGUUCCAUCAGGGUGAUUUCUACGACAUGAAUGAUAAUGAAGCUUUGUUAUCUAAUAUUUAUGGUACAUUAGUUAAGUAUGAUAACUCACGUUUUGAUUACUAUUUUAACCUUUUAGCUGAUCUUAUUGAGGAAGAAAUUGAGCAAGGUGCUGGUUCUGUCAGAAACAACACCAGUAGCAUUCGUAGUGGUGAUAAGAAAUUAGUUGUCUAUCUUGCAUUGAUUGCUGAAAUUUUGAGUGUUUCAAAUAAUAAAGUAUUGGAUCAUAAAGAAAAAUUCAUGAAUUUAGCACAAUUACUUUAUGAAAAAAUUAGAAAUCCAUCUCUUCAUGGAUUAGCUUCCAACAUCAUCCAUAAAACCUUAUCAAAUCUUACAGGGUUAAGGCUAGUUGAAAGCAGUUUAUUUAGAAAAGAACAAAAUAUUAAUUAUGAAGAAUAUUGGGGCGGCAAACAAUUUGAUGAUGAUAGGUUCAAUUCUGAGAAUUUGAAGUUUGACUGGUAUGUACCAGGUAAUGCAGAGGUGUCGUUUGCUGUGGAGUUAUUUGAAACAAUCACGGUUGAAACUUUGUCAAAGUUGGAAGAACUUACCACAAAUUCCACAAUAUCUGGUCUUGAAUUUUCUGAUGAGUUUACAAAACAUCUUUUGUAUAUCAGCAGCUCACUUUCAGGUAAUAGUAUUUUGUUUGAUCCUGAUUACAACAAUGACCAUAGUGACAAAAAUGAAACUUUCAAUGCAACUACCUUACAAAGAAAAUUACUGAUUCUGAAAUCAUUGAGAGCUUCGAGAAGCGAUGAAAGAGAAUUUAAUAUUGAUAUUGAGGAAAUUACUAAACAUCAUGAAGGUGAUGAUCAAGUAUCAGAUCGCCCACUAAAUGAGAGUUAUAGAAGUGAUAUUAAAGAAGACUUCAAGGACUUUAAUGGUGUUGUUAAUGGGGUUGCUUACGAUGUUGAAGGUAUAAAUAUUGAAGAUGAAGUUCCAAGCUCUAGAUUGCUGACUCCUAUGGCUCAGCAUGAUAGUGAUCUCACUUCAAUCAUGAAUUCAUCUGUUGCUUUUAGAGAGCUUAGAAUUUACAAUUGUAACUACUUUUUUGGUUCAAAUUCUUUAGAAAAGAAAUCGUAUACUAAUUACGGACAUAUUCAUCAAUUGAGAGCAUUGGUUGGGCAUGGUUUACAUAAAGCGUAUGAAUAUUUGACAAAAAGUGAGGCUGAUAAUGUCCAUCUUUUCCAAGCGUUAUUACAUACUUUGGAAACAUAUUUCUGUGAUGUUGGUAAAGUUUCAACCAUUGAUUUUGAGGAUGAAUUAUUUAUUGAUUAUACUUUCUUGAAAAGAGUCCAGUCUAUUGGUAAUUACUCUAAACCUUUCACAAGAUCAUGCCUUGGUGCAAGAAUUGAAAAAUAUCACCGUCAAAGGGUUAUUCUACAUUCAACGAACAGAUUUCAAACUAAAUUAGAUAAAAUUCUUUUAAGGGAUAUUGUUGAAUUAGCAACGUCUGCUUAUGCUAAUAUUUAUCAACCGGGCCAAAUGACAAUGAUUGAGACAAUGAAAAAAUUAAUCGGUUCUUAUAAUUUAAUUUUAUCAUUAGUGUUUGAAAAUAUUGAAUCUGCAAUUGCUGAUAAAGAUUUUAAGAGGGUUGAGGCUGGUCUAAGAAUCUUCAGACUGAAAAAGAUCCACAACAAACUAUUAUCAGAUUACGUCAAUAUAGGUAAAGUUACCGAUAUUUUAUCUCGUUGUUUGCUCAUUGACAAUCUUGAAGUCAACUUUUUAGCUCAAAAAGGAUUUAAUGAUUUUUCCACAGCUAUCAAAAUCCCAUCGGCUAUUGCAUUAUUUGAGUCUGAUGAAAUUGAUAAGGCUAUUAGACCACCUGAUAAGUGCAUUGACUUGGAAAUUCAAACAGUUAAGGCAGCUAAAGAUGCCAAAAGAAGUUUUUAUAUGAAUAAGAUUGAUGACCUACAAGAAUAUUUAAUCAAAGCUGAAUCUGAAAAUGAGCAUUGGAAGUUAUCACUUCUCUAUCUAAAGUUUUUAACAAAUAUUCAAAAUUAUUAUGAGGUACCAGCUAAGAAAAAGGUGUUGGAAUUGUUAAUUCAAAAGUCACAGUAUCAUCAUCCAGCUUUGGUGCGUCUUUGUAUUAGGGCAUCUACUAAAAUAUUUGACAAGAUUGUGAGAUUUGCAAUUUUCCGUUAUGACUUGCUGAAUUCUUUCAACAACAAAUAUGGAAGGGAAGGUAUGGUCCAAAUAGAUACUAGACAUGGGUUCUCAGACAAGUUCAAGGCAGAAAUGAAUAACUUUGAGUCACCAAAUUACUAUAUUGAUGGUAGAGCAUUUAAGGGGUGGUUAUUCUGGAGCGAUCAUAUACAAGCAAUCGAUCCUAACAAAGCUGCAGUUGAUGUCAAAUUUAAUGACGAAGAUAUCGAAAGCUUAAAACUUUUCGGAUCUCUUAUAACAAAGGAUUGGGUCAGUUCCGUCAUUAAAACUUUAAUGCAAGACAAUGAAACUAAAGGUAUUUUCCAAAGUAUUGAUGUUUUUUUGUUUUCUACCAUUGUUCAUUUGAUUUCUUUGAAGUUCACAAAAAUAUCAUAUCAAGAGUUAUUACAUUUGAUUGUUGAACACUACGACAAAGACGAAAAGGCAUCUGUUAUCGUUGUUGCUGAAAUUGUGUGUGGUCUUCUAGUGGCAACAAAUCAUACCACCCAUGAAGAUGUUCAAGCUAGAGACAGUUUCUUAAGUCCAUUUUUAGAUUUGGUUUUAACUAAUGAUCUUGCACCAGAUACUUCUGGUGUUUGGAAUAUUGUUUUUUGGUGGAUACCUUCGAGAAUUGAUGUUAGGAGGAUACCAAUACUCGCUGAAAAGGUUGAGCGUCUUGAAACUGUCAUUGAUGUUAAUUCUGACUUGGCAUUCAUUCAAUCUGCUAGAAUUAAUUUUACAAAGUCAUAUCUUGCAAGUUUAGGUUGGAGAUUCAACGGUGCUGAGAGUAUUUUUGAUAAGCUACUUUUUGAGCAUCCUUAUCAACUAGUUAGAGAUCAAGUUGGUGGUCUGGUUGCAACAUUAGCAUUUACCAUUUUCAGAGAAUCUUACGAUAAUUUGGAUGGAUUUUUACAAGCUCAACAAUCUAAUGAACUGGGUGUUCUUACUUAUGAAACUCCACAAACAUUCGAUAACAGAAUCAAGAAAUUAUUUGAUCAUGCUGAAGAAUUGAGGAAAGAAACAACCGAGUUGACAACACAAGAAGCUUUGAAGUCUAAUUAUUUUUACAUUUCUUCCACUAUUUUAAGAUGGCUAGAAGAUGCUUUAAGUGGUGUGUUCUCCGUUGCAUUAUCACCUUUUGUUAAGAGUCAUAUAACUCCAUUUUUGUCAAAGCUAGAAAGUAACAGAGAAUUGUGUAAACUUGCAGGCAUCAACCCUGGUUAUGUAUAUCAUAAUCUUGCUGAUAUAUCAUAUAGACCAGAAAUUCUACCUGCAAUUAUAGAUGUCACAGAAAGAGAUAAUUCUACAAUUCACCAAGUAUUGUUACAGUUAUCAUUCAUUGAAACUUUUUUUUCUCGUCAAUUAUUGCAAUUGACAGAUUCUCAGAAACAUCAAUUAUUAUCUCGUGUCGAUAAGAUGUUAUUCCAUAGUAAUGUUGAGGUUAGACACAAGGCUGCUAAUGUUCUUUCAGGAUUUAUUCACAGCUCAUUGGGAUUUGAUGGUGUUAAGGAAUUUACAGAUAAAUAUUCAAAAGUUUUGACCAAAAGAAGAGCAAAAAACAAGAAGUUUACAAAUGAAGAAACCAUCAAACUACACGGUAGUGCUAUUGGUUUAGGUGCUUUGAUUUCAGCAUAUCCUUAUGUUUCACCACCGCCAAAGUGGCUUCCAGAGCAAAUUUCAAUUUUAUCUAAAGCUGUUUCACAUCCUGGAAUCAUUGGUAAAUCUGCAAAGGAUAUUUUGAGUACAUUCAAAAAAAUAAGAUCUGAUACAUGGCAUAUAGAUAGAUUAUCUUUCACAGAAGAUCAAUUAGAAGAUUUAGAAGGUGUCUUGUGGAGAAGUUAUUUUGCCUAA